UAGCAGCUCAUUUUCUUGCAGAAAAAGCAGCAGAUCUAGUAACAGCAGUUGAUGAAUGGUGUCAUGCUCCAAUCGUACAUCUGGCAAUAGCAAUGUUUGUAAAUGACCUACUUCAACAAAUCAAAAGUGAAUGUUUGUCUAAUAUACUGACUUCUAGUGCUCAAUGGCUCAGAUUACAAUUCUGGCCAAAAAAUCCAACCUAUUUAACUAGCUUACAAUAUACUGGCCAUUUACCUUUAAAAUUCAUGGUGCAAACUCGACAAUUGUGUGUAGACCAUCCGGAUUCUUAUUACGCAUUAGCAAUUUUUCGCUAUGAAAAAGAAUUUUCUAUAAAGUUUCAUGAUGUCGCAACACUUGUAUUCCUAGACGAUAAGCACCGAUGCAAAAUUGGGGAGCCUGGCCAUCCUGUUGCAGCAGUUGAAAGGAGAAAAGU